UCCUGGGUGGGAGCGGCUCUCUGCUGCCCUCGCCUGAGUCCUGCCUGGAGGUGGCAGGUAUCGGGUUAGGCCCUGCCCUCUCAGUGCCUAGCCACUCAGGUAGCACGUCUUUUUCCCUCCCCUGGGGCUGGGCUCUCUUUUAUAAAGGGCCUUUGCUGGGCGCUGUCCCACCGCCUAGAAGCAGCUGCUCAGCUCGCUCUCGAAAGCUCCGACUUCUGUUCGACUGCCUUCACUCCAGCCUCCACCAUGUCCAUCAGGGUGACCCAGAAGUCCUACAAGGUGUCUACCUCCGGUCCCCGGGCCUUCAGCAGCCGCUCCUACACGAGUGGGCCUGGGGCCCGCAUCAGCUCUUCCAGCUUCUCCCGGGUGGGCAGCGGCAGCAGCUUCCGUGGGGGCCUGGGCACCAGCAUGGGUCUGGGCGGAGGCUUCGGUGCUGCAGGUGUGGGGGGCAUCACAGCGGUCACCGUGAACCAGACCCUGCUGAGUCCCCUGAAGCUGGAGGUGGACCCCAACAUCCAGGCUGUGCGCACUCAAGAGAAGGAGCAGAUCAAGUCUCUCAACAACAAGUUCGCCUCCUUCAUUGACAAGGUCCGCUUCCUGGAGCAGCAGAACAAGAUGCUGGAGACUAAGUGGAGCCUGCUGCAGCAGCAGAAGACAGCUCGGAGCAACAUGGACAACAUGUUUGAGAGUUAUAUUAACAACCUGCGGCGGCAACUGGAAGCCCUGGGCCAGGAGAAGCUGAAACUGGAGGCGGAGCUUGGCAACAUGCAGGGGCUGGUGGAAGACUUCAAGAAUAAGUACGAGGAUGAAAUCCAUAAGCGUACAGAGAUGGAGAAUGAAUUUGUCCUCAUCAAGAAGGAUGUGGAUGAAGCUUACAUGAACAAGGUAGAGUUGGAAUCUCGACUGGAAGGGCUGACUGAUGAGAUCAACUUCCUCCGGCAGAUUCAUGAAGAGGAGAUCCGAGAGCUGCAGUCCCAGAUCUCAGACACAUCUGUGGUGCUGUCCAUGGACAACAGUCGCUCUCUGGACAUGGAGAGCAUCAUCGCUGAAGUUCGUGCUCAGUACGAGGACAUUGCCAACCGCAGCCGGGCCGAGGCUGAGAGCAUGUACCAGAUUAAGUAUGAGGAACUGCAGACGCUGGCUGGGAAGCAUGGGGAUGACUUGCGCCGCACAAAGACGGAGAUCUCUGAGAUGAACCGCAGCAUCAACCGCCUGCAGGCAGAGAUUGAUGCCCUCAAAGGCCAGAGGGCAUCCUUGGAGGCCGCCAUCGCUGAUGCUGAGCAACGUGGGGAGAUGGCUGUUAAGGAUGCCAAUGCCAAGCUGUCCGAGCUGGAGGCUGCCCUGCAUCGUGCCAAGCAGGACAUGGCAAGACAGCUGCGAGAGUACCAGGAGCUAAUGAAUGUCAAGCUGGCACUGGACAUUGAAAUUGCCACCUACCGCAAACUUCUGGAGGGCGAGGAGAGCCGGCUAGAGUCUGGGAUGCAGAACUUGAGUAUCCAUACGAAGACCACCAGUGGCUACUCAGGAGGGCUGAACUCAGCCUAUGGAGGCCUCACCAGUCCUGGCUUCGGCUACGGAGUGAGCUCCUUCCAACCUGGCUUCGGCUCUGCUGGGAGCUCCAGCACCAUCAGCCGCACCAAGGCGGUGGUUGUGAAGAAGAUUGAGACUCGCGAUGGGAAGCUAGUGUCUGAGUCCUCUGAUAUCCUGCCCAAGUGAAGAGCCACUGAAGCCCUCGCCAGCCUGAGCCCCUCCUGUGGCUGCCCAGAGCUCAUGGGGAGACAGCUGUAUGAGGGAGUGCUCAGCCCUAGCUCUCUGCCCAGCUUUGGGAGGAAUCUCCCACCUAGGAUACCCCCUAGUCCACAUUCUUAACCCAAAUCCAAUUCAGCUGUAUUUUCCAAAAUAAAGCCUUAGCUGGCCUUGCUGUGUGUAUGAA